AUGCAUCACGGAGCAACGCUGCACGAAUCGCUUCCAUGUCCUCUCGUCAGUCCAAUUGUGUCCAUCGACCAAUGCCCGUUUCAGCCGCACGAGCGCUCCGAGACGCGGCCACCGCACGGAAAUGCAAGUCUCACUUUCUACACGGCGCGCAGCAGGUGCCGUGUCAAUUUCACUCCCGGGCCAAAUGUGACGUACUCCGCGGAAAACAAGUACUCCUGGAAUCCAUACUAUAGGCUUGAAACCGAGAACAAGUCGCAGCGCCUUAAGGCUGCACAAGAGGAAUGCAACUCCGCCUCCGUUUCUGGGCCGUGUCCAAUCGCACUGACGCCGCGUCAGGGACAAUGCAUGGCGAGGUGCAGCAACACGUCGUCUUCAACGGCGCAAUCGCCCAUGCACACAUUUGGGUGCGAAACCCCGGCGAUUGUGUCACGCUGUGAACUUUCGCCGCAGUUUUCAAGCGUGAAGAGCGAGAGUGGACGUGCCUUGUUGACCGCCUCCCAUUCCAUUGAGGAGAACUCCAUCACGGAAUCCACCUGCGUGCCCCAAUUUGAUAACAUGAUGCACGGUCUUCCCAUGUACGCUUCGAUACAUCCCGUUGGGGAGGUGUGGCCUCUUAAUGAGAUGAACAAUGAAGAAAAUGUCGUCUUUGAUGCGAUCAAGCCAACAAGAAACGAGCAACUGCAACAGCAGCUGUACCCCACGCCAUUACUUGUUUCGCAGAAUCAGCCAACUGUAUCUCCUUACCCUUACGUCAUGGAGUCACGAACGAUACAGCCAACAUAUGUGUCAUACAACAAGGCCAGGGUCCCACUGCUGCGAUUCUCAAAGAUGCUUCCGCCCCCUGUGCGGUGUGAGGCGAUGAGUAUACUGGAAAAUGAAAAUCCUCAGCUUCCCCUUUUAAUGAUGUACAAUCCGGUACUUCGAUGGUACGAGCGCAUCAAGGCACUUCUAAAUGAGGACUAUUCUGCCUGGCCCGGUGGCAGUUGUGCCGUGAACAUCAGCAACAACAAGAGCGUUCGCUUGGAGUUGGAAGAGCCGUGUCCUACGCUGCCAAAUAAAGCGGAGCAGACGCGGGAAAACAUGAGUCAGUGGCUGAAAGAGUGCAAUGAAUGGUGGGAUAGACAAUUUUUUGAAAAGUCACGAAAUGGCGACAAACGGCGAAAUGGAACUGGACGUGGCAAGUGGAGGCAAUACAGCAUCCAAUACCCGUACAAUAACCACAACAACAACAACAAGGCCCAUAAAGUCAAUCGUGGCAUGCAGUUUGAUGGAGAAGUUGCGUUUCUGCGAAGAGGAGGACUUCAAUAA